AUGUCAGCAGAGGAAGGUCUUUUCCCGAUUUUUCUCGAUUUGCCAGUGGAAGAUAUGGAUGGGACGAUUGAAAAGCCUAUCUUUGAAGCGUCCGAAGAGGACAAUAAUGUCAAAGACAACGUACCAAAUGAUGCUGCCAAGUCAUUUCAAUGCAGUGAAUGCCGAGAGACGUUCACCAGGAAAACCAACCUAAAGCGCCAUCAUCAACGGAAACACAAAGACACGUCCAUGGAGGACGAUUCAAGCGUUUCCAAAUCGAAGUGCCUGCAUCCGACCUGUGAAAAGUUAUUUUAUCACAAGUCAAAGAUGAUGAACCACAUGGAAGAAGAGCAUGAAGUAAAAAGUUCCAGCAGCCAGCACAGCUUUCCUUCAGAAAAAGAGUUCCUCGAAUGGAAGGAGAAGGAAGAGAUCACCAACAAUGUUUAUUACAGUAAACAACCAGGGGACACUGAAGGGAAGUCCACCAAGUACAGGUAUUAUAUCUGUCAGCAAGACGGAUCAGCACAGCCCCAUCGAGCCCAUGAUCAGCCAGCCCGGAAAACUGACCGGAAAAAUGCAAAAGGCCAAAUAAAGACUGGCACAACCUGCCCAUCCAGGAUGUCCGUACGCACUAGUACCGCGACUGGGAUGAUUGAAGUCACGUACAUGCGAACACACAGCCACGAACCAACUUUCAAGGACACAGCCCAUCACCCCAUUCCAGCAUCCAUUCGAACGGACAUAGAAAACAAAAUAGCACUAGGGAUUCCAAUCACUCAAAUCCGGCGCGACUUACAUGGAGGUAUUGGAGAAAGGGACAACCGAUCUGACGCAACAUCAAUCGGGCAACUUCGUGCGUACCAAUUCGUCAGUAAACACAUCAUGCACGAAAUGCAUCGCAAACUGAACGCAAAUGCCCGACUGCAUCCGCAGGACAGCAUGGCAACAUACUUGCUGCUCAACAAACUAGAGAAGGAAAAGUAUAACCCUGUCCUUGUCUACAAGCCCCAGGGAGACGGUGUAUUCAUUGGCGACCCGGCAAUCGGAGACCUGCCUCAUGCAAAGGACCUGUUUGCUAUUGGAAUCCAGACGAAGGAGCAACUAGAUAUGAUGCAUAACCAAGAGAUACUGUGUAUUGAUGCGACACACGGUACAAACCAGUAUGGAUACAGCUUGACAAAUUUGCUUGUUCCCGAUGAGUGGGGAAAGGGGUAUCCUGUAGGCCAUCUGAUCUCCAAUUAUCUGGACGAAAAGACAUUGUUUUAUUUCUUCCAAGAAAUUAAGAAGCGUGACCCGAACCUCACCGUCAACGUCAUUAUGUCGGACGACGAUUAUAGCGGUCCUAAUGCCAUCAAAGCAGUCUUCGGUCAGGACAUUAGGCAUCUUCUGUGCAAGUGGCACGUCCACAGAGCCUGGCAGUGGAAACUCAAGCAUCAUAUUGCAACGGACAGCACAUUGCGAGACGAAAUUUACAAAUGCCUCAUUGUCAUCCUGGAGGAAAAGAACACCAACAAAUUCAAGGAACUGACCGCAGCUUUUGAAAAGAAAUACACUCCUACAUGCGAGUCCUUCGUUAAGUACUUUUUCUCCAACUAUAUGAACAGACCUGAGGCAUGGGCUAUGUGCUACAGACAGUUUCCCCACGCUAAUACCGACACCAACAUGUUUGCAGAAGCCUUUCACAAUAGACUGAAAACAUUUUUCAUGAAGAGACAGCCAAACCGCAGAGUGGAUGACCUCGUCAACCUCCUGUUGGAGAUAGAGGAGGAAGACUUCUGGCGGAGGAAGAGUGAUCUGCAGUACAAAUCAACAGCCCCGCCACCUUUAAUUCCACAUCAGUCGCGCCAUCGAAAGGAUCUCCAAAUUGAGGACAAGGAUGUCGAGCACGUCGAAUACGGUGUAUGGCGGGUCAAGUCUCAAUCUAAAGCCGAAGUAUGGUACAAAGUGACAUCGAUUGAGCGAAGUUGUGACCAAGACCACUGCUUUGAGAGAUGCCAGGAGCUCGCUUGCCUUGGUCUCUGUUCCCAUCUGUACCACUGUACAUGCGAUGACAAGUCCCUCCUAUGCAAGCAUAUUCAUAAGAUCCAUGCUUUCACAACCCAAAUCGCGAAAAGCAACCAAAAGGAGGAAGGAAUCCGCAAUGACAUGAACGACGGCGACGACGAUCCCGAAGGUUUCCCACUGACCAUGACGACCCUGAUUGAGCCAGACAGUACCGAGCCAACCCCUCCGAGACGAAUGCUAGAUGACACCAAGAGAGACGUAGAGAGGUUACAGGAAAUGUUGGAAAAUGAAGAUGUUGUUAAAGCCUUCCUUCCUCACAUCAGUGGUACUUUGAUGCGCUUGUUGUCCCAGUGCUCAGCUGUGUAUUCAUCAAGGUCAACAGCCCAACCGCAGCCUAUGGAACCAACUCAGACAAUUGCACCCAAUGCCAAGUUGCAGCUACAGCUCCAACCAAUGAAGAAAGCUCUGAAGCGAAAAGCUGCUCCUCCCAGUUUCACAGGACCGACAGCAGCAGAAAGGAGAGAACUGAUGAAGUCCCUGCUCCCGGAAGAUAAAGACGCUGAAUGUGAUGGCUCCACUUGCCAGGAUCCCACUCCCACUGCUGCAAGAUAUAAAUAG